AUGACGGAUUCAACUCUGGUCAUUCACUGCAAGUCGAAAGAUAACGAUCUGGGCAAGCAUGUCAUCAAUGCCGGAGGCAAUUACAACUGGAGCUUUAAAGAAAAUCUUUUGCAAACAACAUUGUUUUGGUGCAAUUUUAGCAGCAAACAUGGCCAAGCUACUGGUGAUGUUUUCUGGCCAGAGCAACAAAGUUGGCUUAUUGAUCACCAAGCUACUGGUGAUGUUUUCUGGCCAGAGCAACAAAGUUGGCUUACUGAUCAAUGUGUUGAUCAUAACUGCAUUUGGACAGCGGGAGAUCAAGGCAUUUCCUUGCAUUAUAAUCCUACCAACACCAACAACUUAAUGUAUCAUUGGAAAUGA